GCCGCCUGCCGGCAGCGGAGCGGGGCCGCCAUGUCCACAUCGCUGGGCUCCAACACGUACAACCGGCAGAACUGGGAGGAUGCGGACUUCCCUAUCCUGUGCCAGACGUGUCUUGGAGAAAAUCCCUACAUUCGGAUGACCAAAGAAAAAUAUGGAAAAGAAUGCAAGAUUUGUGCCAGGCCCUUCACGGUGUUCCGCUGGUGCCCCGGCGUGCGGAUGCGCUUCAAGAAGACUGAAGUGUGCCAGACCUGCAGCAAGCUGAAGAAUGUCUGUCAGACCUGUCUGCUCGACCUGGAGUAUGGUUUGCCUAUCCAAGUCCGGGAUGCAGGACUCUCCCUUAAGGAUGAAAUGCCUAAAUCUGACGUCAACAAAGAAUACUACACCCAGAACAUGGAGCGAGAGAUAGCCAAUUCUGAUGGCACCAGACCAGUUGGUGCACUAGGAAAAGCUACUUCUACCAGUGACAUGCUGCUGAAGCUGGCCCGAACCACUCCAUACUACAAACGCAACCGUCCUCACAUCUGUUCCUUCUGGGUGAAAGGAGAGUGCAAGAGAGGAGAGGAGUGUCCCUACAGACAUGAGAAACCUACAGAUCCAGAUGAUCCUCUGGCUGACCAGAACAUCAAGGAUCGUUACUAUGGAAUUAAUGAUCCUGUGGCUGACAAACUUCUGAAACGAGCAUCAACCAUGCCUCGUCUAGAUCCUCCUGAGGACAAGACUAUUACUACCCUGUAUGUUGGAGGGCUUGGAGAUACCAUCACUGAAUCAGAUCUCAGAAAUCACUUCUACCAGUUUGGGGAGAUCCGGACGAUCACGGUGGUGCAGAGGCAGCAAUGUGCUUUCAUCCAGUUUGCCACCAGGCAGGCUGCAGAGGUGGCUGCUGAGAAAUCCUUCAACAAACUCAUCGUCAACGGCCGCAGGCUCAAUGUCAAAUGGGGAAGGUCCCAGGCAGCAAGAGGAAAAGAAAAGGACAAGGAAGGCACUACAGAAUCGGGGAUAAAGCUGGAGCCAGUUCCAGGACUUCCUGGAGCCCUCCCCCCUCCUCCAGCUGCAGAAGAGGAGGCUUCUGCAAAUUACUUCAAUCUACCUCCAAGUGGCCCUUCAGCCGUGGUGAACAUUGCCCUGCCACCCCCUCCUGGCAUCGCUCCACCGCCGCCUCCAGGUUUUGGACCACACAUGUUCCACGCCAUGGGGCCCCCACCUCCCUUCAUGAGAGCCCCGGGCCCCAUCCACUACCCAUCCCAGGAUCCCCAGAGGAUGGGUGCCCACGCAGGAAAGCACAGCAGCCCCUAGCACGUCCUGCCACCCUCAUCCUUGAAGUAAAUGUUAUUUUCUAGUUACCAUGGUAGCACCAUAUGUUGAGCUGUGGGUGAGCUAGAGAUGCCUUAUUUCCCUGCUUGCAGCCACAGGGCAAGCUCAGCUCCGUGUCUCCACUUAUAAUCGGGUUCUUGAUAUGUCCCAGGUCUUUCUAUUAGUGUGGGGGGUGGGUGGGGGACAGACAGAAGGGCU